UUUACGCGUUUUUACGACAAUCAAUGCCAGCGUGUACCUGGAAACAUGGCCGAAGCAUCAUCUGCUCGUCCACUUGUCGAGCCCAAACAAGUAGAAGAAACAAGUAUGGACGACGAACCAGUGUUAGAAAUGAAUAGAUAUGUAGAAGAAGAAAAGUCUAAAAAGAAAGUUUCGUUUACAGAAACAAUAAUGCCAUUUGAUAAACCAGAAUUUAAACCAGGAGCAAAUGAAAUGGGUGCUUCUGAAGAGAUGUUUCAACAGAUGUUUAUGGAUCCCAUGAUGAAAGAUUUAAACAGACAUGUACAGGCCAAUACAGAUAUACUAGACAAGAUCAGCAAAGACAUGGAAGACCAGAGGAAACAAAGGCUGAAAGACAGACAGACAUCACACAUUCCUGAGGCCUUGAAAGGAGGUGGACAGGAAAUGAAAGAAAUCAUGAAUAAAGUAGAAGACUUGAUUUUAUUUGGUAAAGAAGAAGAGGUCCAGGAAGAGGGCACUGUAGCUGUGAAAGAGGAAAAAUCAAGUGCUAAGUUACAAGAAUUAGAUAGUCAUGCCAGAGCUGCCCUUACUGCCCAUAGUCUCUCAGCUUAUGUUUCUACAUUAGACGAAGCUCAUCUUAAGACAUUCACAACUAAGAUAGUAUCAGACUGUGAACUUUGGUUGUCAAGGCUCUUCAGAUUUGGAGACUCCUCUGUUGUCUAUCAUGAGGAAGAGAUGGAUGGAUUGGUUAAGAUUUGUAGAUUGGCAAUGUAUCAGAAAUAUCCCAAGUACCCUACUGAAGGAUUUGAAGCCUUGUAUUCCAGACCUCCUGUUAUAUAUGUCAGUGCUUCAGCUAAACCUGGGGUGACAAAUUAUCUAUGUUUACAACUUGGUUUACCCUUAUCUUGUAUAUGUACAGUACCAGUUGUUACCAGGAAUGGAGCUGUAGGAAGAAUGAAUAUAGACGUCCUUGAGAACUUGAUACGGGAUGAUAUUGCUGCUGCUAAGACUCCUGUUAUGUUGGUGUGUUUUGCAGGUACCCCAUUAACAGGACAGGUGGACAAUUUAGAUGAACUUCAAGAUAUAUGUAAAAGGAAAUCCAUUUGGUUACAUGUAGAAGGAAACACUUUGGCAACCCUGACAAUGUUCUCAGUACCGACAUCUUUACAGAAUGCUAAGUGUGGGGACAGUAUGACUCUAGCUAUUGGUAGAUGGUUAGGUAUACCUGGUCUUCCUUAUUGUACUUUAUACAAAACAAAUGACCCAGCAUUGGUGAUAGCAGCUGGUCUAAACACAUUUAAUUCACAACUGAAAUUGAAUUGUCUCCCUCUAUGGAUAUGUCUGCAGAGUUUAGGACAUGAUGGCAUCGUCGACAGAGUCAAGUCAUCAUGUGAUCUGGCUGAAGCAUUAUACAAAGGAAUAAAUGAAAUGGCAACAAUAAAACAAUAUAGUAUAGAAAAGAAAGAAGAGGAAGAUGUGAAAGGAAUCAAGGAUUUAAUAUUCAAAGCCAUUUCUGCUCUGGUUGUGUUUGAGAUUGUGACACCAAACAUUGUGUUUCAGUAUGCAGAGGAUGGAGCACAGACAGGGAUACAGAUUGCACCCUACAGUACUAAUGUAGAGGAGGAGGAGGAACCAGAAGAAGAUCAUAAUGCUGUGUAUUAUGAUGCUCUUAAUAUGUGGUUAGGAGAAACAAUGCAGAUGGAAUGUCCCAAACUAAACUUCCAGAUUGUGAAAUUGGAAAAAGAAGGCAUCUGUCUAAGGUUUGCUCCUUUGGAGUAUGCUCAAGUGAAAGGAAUAAAGCCAGAAGAUGUAGAAGAAAGUAUUGUGAAAUUGAAAGACCAGAUAAACAUAUUAGAUGCUACUGUUGGUCAGAGAGACAAAUUCAGAGCUUGUGUGGAUCAGCAAAAGAAUUUGAAGCUGAUAGAGAUGCCAAAAUGGGCUGGACUUGGGGUCGUGCAAUAUUUACCAGAAUCAUGUGUCAAUCAUUCCGAUCAUUUAUCACAUAAACCAAGACAUGAGAUUAACACUGUUAACAUAGAGUUAGUGAAGAAACUGAAAGCUACUGAUACGGCAUUCUCACUGGGUCGACUAGAGAAUGAGUUAGCGUGUGUAAAGUUUGGUUUGAUCACAGAUGACACAGAUGUGGAAGAGUUAAUAGAUCAUGUGAUGAAGUGUGGUAAAGAGAUUGAAGAGUCAUCUAGGUAUUUUGAAGCUCUAGCAGAUCUUAUAAAGCAGGGUAUUACUAUAGCUAACGAAGAUCUAAAGAAAGAAUCCGAAGAAAAAUUACAACAGGAGGGUGUAUUGAGACAAGUUCCUUUAGUUGGCUCCCUGUUGAAUUGGUGGUCACCACCACCUAAAGAUCAGAUAAAAGGAAGAACAUUUAACUUGAAAUCUGGAACAAUGGCCAGUACUGAAACAACAUAUAAAUACCACAUGCAAGUCCAAGAGGAAACACAUUCAAAAGACAAAGACAAAAAAGUAAAAACAAAUCUAUUUCAGAAAGGGGAUUCCCAGACUGAACCUACAUCACCUUCCACAAAAACAGCACAGGAAAUAAGGAGUGAACUUCAACAUGAAUCUACAUCCCCCACAUCUAAAACUCCCCCAGAAAAGGCCCCAACAGAUAUCCCAGGAUCCCCAUCAACAGGAGAAUCUCCAGCCAUGACAGAAGCACCUGGUUCUCCUCAAGUCAAAGAUGAUGGUACAGACCUGAAAUAGUGAGAGAGUUGGUUGUUAUCUGUACAUUCCAGGGAUAAUUAUGAGGAAGCGUGGGAAUUAUUAUGCCUGUGGAAAACUCUGCCAUUUAUUUGUGAUGAAUAUUGUUUUAAUGUAUGCAUGUUAACACUGCUUAUGUGUAAAUUGAGAGGACAAUCAUAUUUCACCCUCUAUUUUGGGACCUAUGAUCUUUUAUGUUUGCACCUUUAAUAUUUCCUAUUAAGGCCUAUGAUCUGUUAGAUUGGAGCCUUUGAUCUUUAAUUUUGAGAAAAAGGAAUUCAUUGUAAAUUAUACUACUUAUAAAUUGACCUGAGAAUAUUUAUAUAGAAACAUUAGGACAUGAUCUUGUUGACAGAAAAGUAUUUAUUUUAAAUAGUUUAUAUUUAUUUUGAAAUGAUUGUUAAAUUUUUUUAUAUUGAAGUUAUUUGUUUGUUUUUCUGUUAAGGAGCAUAAUGGGAUUUUUUUUUCUUUUGUUUUAUUUUUGCUUUUUUAUACUGAACCGAUAUUCAAAAAUUAUUUUUUAGAAAUAAUUCAGACUUAUUCCAACUUGUGAUGUCGACUAAUGUCCUUCUUAUCACUACUUAAGAUACUCAUUCAAUCACCUACCAAUAUCUUCAAUUCAAAUGUUUGUGGAAACAUAACCUUUUAAUCGAAGAAUACCAUUUUUCUGAAUAUUUAUGGUUUAUACAGCUCUUUGAAUAGAAAAUUGUUUUAAAUGUUAAUGCAUUGGUGCCUGGAAGGAAUGAAUGAUGUAUAAAGAUUUUGUUUCAGAUCUCAUAGUAUUUGUUUAUAGUUAGCCUGGUUAUUUCUCAUUAGAAGAAAAUUAAUUUAUAAGUUUGUGAACGUUUGAAUAUUUCCCAUCCAGACAAAAGUAUUUGUACUAUAAUUCAACUUGUGGUUGGAAAGAUAUUGAUAGUUUUUAUUGAGGACAUUGGUGGGUGUGUCUUUGAACUGCCUGUUAAGAUGUGAAUAAUAGAUGACUGUCAGUGAAGUUUUGGUUGUGUGUGAUAUUGGCAUAUUUGCCCUAAACCUUCCAUUGCAUUUUAGAAGUAGUAAAUUGUAAAAUGAAGACAUUUCGUGUUUAACAAAUUCUCUGUUACUGCUUAUUGAUUUAAAUACAAAUGUGUUCAUAUCAUUUUACACAUGUAGUCAUUUUAAUUGUAAAUGUGCUCAGUUUGUGUAACUCUCACCAACCAUUCACAUAGUCUGUUCCCACAGGAAACUUCUUAACAUAGAUAAGAAACAUUUACGGGAAAAGAUUUGACACAUAUGUUUGUCUUUUUAGAAUCUAAAGCAAAAUGGGUAAUAUUUUCAAAAACCUACAUAAGAACAUAUAUUGGUUAAAACAGCCUUUGAUGUGUUUGGACUUUUGAUUUUGCCUUUUGAUUUUUGAUUUUCCUUUUUGAAUUUUCCUUGGAGUUCAGUAUUUUUGUGUUUUUACUUCUUAUGAGUUAAAUUUCAACCACCUUUGGUGGUUUAAGCAAUAAUAUUGCCUAUAUUUAUGAAGAUUGUCAAAUCCCUUAGAAUUAAUUUGCAUGACUUUGUAUACACUACCAUACUCAUUAUCUAAUAAUUAAUAUGCAUAAAAAAAGUAUAAAAAUCCACUUUUACAUUAUAUUGUUUAUUUAUUGCAUGUGUUAUAUUUUGAUAUGUUUUAUAGAUUUAUUAAUGGAGAAAAUCUUCAUGUCAUCACUAAUAAUAACAAAAUAGAAAGAAAAGUGACGGAUGACUUUUAACAACUACUGAAGUUGCCAGAGA